CAAACCGCACAGUUCGGUGUUCGGGAAAAGUGUAAAAUAUAUUUCCAACACGCCAAAACUUUUUAAAACUCAAACAUUUUAUAUUUACCCGCAAAGUUUUUAACAGAACUUGGGGAACACUGAUAUCGAUUUCGUUGCUCCAUAAUUUUGGAUUAAAAAACCCGAACUGUCAACUGUCAGAAAGCGCGCCAACACAGAUUAAAUAAUUUUCAAUUUAAAUACAGAUUAAAAAUCAAUUUUCCAGAAUGAUGAAGAAAGUGAUCGUAAUUUUGACGUUAUUAGUGUGUUGUUAUUGUUUGGAAAGCAAUGAACAAUUACCGGAGGAAGCGAGGGCGAAGAAAAAGAAAGGAACCUUAAGACUUUUGGCCAUCGCAGCGCUUGUAGUGCUAUCAAAGCUGGCAGUAGUAAAAGUGGCAUCAUUCUUCUUCCUGGUGGCGUUCUUCCAAAAAGUCUUCUAUUUGGGGGGAGUACUCCUCAAUUACUACAUGAAGAACCAGUCAGGUCCUUCUGGCUCUUCAAUGAUGUACGGUCCUCCCCAGGAGUACAACACUGUUGGGUAUAGUUAUGAGCCUGGAGAACCAGAGCCGUUCCAACCUCAGGAUUCUCUACCUAAUAUUGCUGAUGUCAGCAAUGGGUUUAAUUGGUUGUUUAGCAAGACUCAACCUUAGAUUCUUAGUGUCUGGACUGUUUUUUUAUUGUACUUACAAUCAAUUUUUUUUUGGAUAUUUGAAUUAGCUUAUGCUGAACCAAUGAGUUUCAUAAUUUCAUUGAGAUAAGAAUGUUUUCAGAAGCGACCAUAUUGAUUAUUUUUUAUGUUAUCUAUUAAGUACAUUGUAAGCAAUAGUGCCAUCGAAUAUGAACAAAAUAUUAUUGUAAGACGUCUUUUUAUCCGACUUCAAAAAAAGGAGUUUUUUAUUUUGACCUCCUAUAUGUAUGUAUAUGUUUAUGUUUGUAAGUAGGUACGCGAUUACCUCGCGGUUGGCUGAACCGAUUUUUAUAGUUUUCAGAAAAGAGUUUGAUACACUUAAUAAAAGGAUUUAGUACCUACCAUAACCAACAUAACCAACGGUCUUCUAUUGGAUAUAUUUGACUGAGUGUGUGGGGGAAUUGCACAACUUGAUUCUCCUUAGUAUUUUCCAUCAUCGUAC